GCUGAAGUAUUUAGUAUACCAAUAUAAUAAAUAUUAUUGCAUUUAUUGAAAUACAUAAUGGAAAAUUCUCCAUAUGAUAUUUCCUGUUUGAGAAAAGCCGGUUCGUUAUCAUGUUAAUAAAAUUAGACGAUUCUAUGAUACACGGAAGGAAACAUGAAAAUAAUGAAGAUGAUAGCUUGUUGCGAUACAAAGUUGAACAAUCGAAAUCUGUGCAAAACAAAAUGUUUUUAAACUCUGACUUAAGUGCAAACGUUGUUCCAGAUCCAAGUGUUUAUGCCCAGGAAGCCUUAUCGAUGGUUUCCAUGGAUGACCAAUCAUUAUUUGAUUCAUACGAAAACCAAAAAGUUCCGGCUUGUAAAUCCAAUAAAAUGAAUAAUAACGAGGUAUGGGGGCAGAAAAAACGACCAUUUGACGGUGAAUUAGACGAUUUUCAUAUACCUCCGACAAAACGAUCGUUAAUGAAUGAAGAUACAAAAUCUGAAACUCAACAAGAUGAUGAUAAAAGAGUCAUAGUACCAGCUGAUCCCAUGUGUUGGACAAAUGAACAUGUAAGACAAUGGGUACAGUGGGCUAUUAAAGAAUUUAGUUUAAAAGAGGUUAAUAUUGAUGCAUUCACAAUGACCGGUCAAUUAUUGUGUAAAUUUACUCGAGAAGAAUUUCUCCGAUUGGCACCAGCAUAUAAUGGCGAUAUAUUAAUGGCACAUCUUUGUGUUUUAAGAAAAGCACCUCUUCCGAAUUUAACAUCCGAAGAUGUAGAUAAAGCACUUGCGCCUCCCUUAAGUCAUCACGCAAAAACACCAUCAACCUACCAUCGCACUAGUACCGAUGUCGAUAAACGACCGUCAUCGACCGUCGGGGGCUACAAUCGCAGUGUACCUGUUGCUCGAGCUGAUGGUAGCGAAUAUUUAGCAAGUUGCGCUUAUCAAACUACCUCUUCAUCUGCAUCAGCGUCUGAAAAUUAUCAGUGUAGUCGAGACUCUGUUGUACCAAAUAAAUUUGAAAAUACCUCGCCUCCUUCACAAGUAGGAAAAUUAGAAUUUUCUUCUUGUAACUCGCCGAAACCAAGCGCUCUUCCUCCUACUCCUCAUGGAGGAACGGGGCAAAUUCAGCUUUGGCAGUUUCUACUUGAGUUACUUGCUGAUCCUGCAAAUGCAUCUUUUGUAGCUUGGGAAGGUAACAAUGGUGAAUUUAAGUUAACAGAUCCCGAUGAGGUUGCUCGGAGGUGGGGAGAGCGAAAAAAUAAACCAAACAUGAACUACGACAAGUUAAGUCGUGCUCUUCGAUAUUAUUACGAUAAAAACAUUAUGACUAAAAUUCAUGGGAAACGUUAUGCAUACAAAUUCGAUUUUCAAGGUCUUGCUCAAUUAAACCAGCCUAUUACUUCGGACGCUCAAUUGCAUGCUGCGCAAGCAGCUGCGGCUGCAUACAGAGGCGAAUAUCCUUUUUACAGUACAUAUGGACCAGGACCCAGUAGUUCCCCGUACGGGUAUCCUCCUACAAAUUAUCCUCCUUGCUAUUCUGCUGUACAACCACCUCCAAAUACUUACGGAUCUUCAUACCCUAGUUGGGGUCGAACUUACCCUCCCAGUAUGUAUAGACAGUCUUCAGUUCCGUAUUUCUAAUAACAUUUUUUGUACAAUAUAAUAAUUUUCAUAAAUUUUUAUAUGGUUUGUUGAUUUAA